AUCAUAUUCCUAAACUUUAUCCAGCUAAGCUACUCUUCCACUAAAGUUCAUCUUCAUCACAACAAACAACUUUCAAUCGUUUUUACGCAUGUCUUUUCGAAGUCUUAAAAUUACGCAAAGGAAUAAUACACGUAAAAAGACAUUCGUUAUGGCACAACGUAAAACAUUGUACCGAAGCCUGGGAGCGAGUUCCUGGAACCCACCACGCUUGCGCAUAACCAAGUAAAAUGGGAAAUCAUAACAUGGUUUACCCAGAUUGUAGCUAAAUUUCCUUCCAUGUUAAGCAAUCCCCAAGCUUUCAGGGUGUUUACGGGUUUUUGCCCGGACCCUGAAUGUCGUACAAAGCUGUAUUUUCCAUCGUAUGCGGGUUCUAACAUCGAGUGUACGAGAUGUGGACAACACCACCUCAAAAGCAGUUUGCUCAACGUAGAACUCGUGACUGACCCAGAAGUUGCUUUACGAAGCCUUUUGCGAUCCUCUCUGCUGUCUAGAAGCUCAUUCAAGAAAGAAGCAGAGCUCGUUAAAGUGAAAGGGUACUCCAAUUAUCACUGCAAGUUGUUGGCUCCUUUGAUGACGAGGUAUGGUAUGGAAAGGACCUCUGGUAAAGCCAGACUUUUGAAAGACAUGAAUCAGGGUGACUCUUUCGACUGUUCGCAUAUUGGGGAUCGCGCGUUUGUGAUUGAGCCGGAAUUCUUAGAAACUGUUGGUUAUGGUAAGGACAAGACGGGAGCAGUAACUUAUUUGGCAGACACACUUACAGCAAUCAAAUCAGUAAAUAACAUGGAAGAAAGGUUGGUGCCGAUUCACGUGGAUGGGGAUGGUCACUGUUUAGUCCAUGCUGUUUCGCGGGCUCUGAUUGGUCGAGAGAUCUUCUGGCAUGCUCUAAGAACUAACCUUAGCUCUAACUUUCAGCAAAACUUGGCAAAGUAUAGGGCAUUAUUCAAGGAUUUCAUUGAUGAGGCAGAGUGGAGAGAUAUAAUUAAGGAGGCAAGUCCAAAUUUCGUGGCCCCUGAAGGUCAAUCAUUAGGAAUGAGAAAUAUCCAUGUUUUCGGCCUUGCCAAUGUGUUACAUAGGCCAAUAGUUCUUCUAGAUAAACUAUCUGGUAUGCAAUCUAUUGGUGACUACUCUGCAACUUUCUUGCCAGCAUUGAUUCCAGUACAUGAGUGUAAAUCUAAGAAUGGCCAACUUUACCCUCCUCUUGUCAUAGCUUGGAGCAGUGCUGGUCACAACCACUACAUCCCGCUUGUAGGUGUGAGUGGCAGGCCCAUUCCUAAGUGCCCAAGGUGGCUUGUCCCCAAAGCAUGGGGACUCCCAAAUGAGCUCAUAGAUGCAUAUAUCAAAUUUGAUGAAAAUGACUGUUGUAACAUUGGUGGUGAACAUUGUUUACCAGAAAAGUACAUCCAACGUUUAAUGAGCGCAAUGGAUGAGCAGUUUCUUGAGAUUCAUAGUGUUACAGCUUCUCUUAUCACAGAUGUCCACCAGUUUCUAUAUAAAUCAUCAGGGCUUGUGGGGAUUUCACCACAGAUGGUGAUUGAGUCAACUCAGCAAUCAAUCAAAGAUGGCCAUUUGAAGAGGUGCCUUUCAUGUCAUGCUGUUUUGGAACAGAAGCCUCCAGUAAAUGAAGAAUGGUUGCGGCCUGGGGGAGAUAUGUACACUGCAGCAUCACAGACACCUGGUGGAUUGAUUGAUGCACAGAUGUAUACAUUUCCUCAGCAAGAACUUGUAUGUUCUUAUGAUCAGCAAAGUGAUGUUCUACAUCCUGUGAAACACAAGGGCUUGCUUCUGUCUGCCUGCACCCUGUGUAAGGGCCCCCUGAGGACGGUGAAAGGAGAUGGAUCUCCAGUAUACAUUAAUGGAGACAGGACUAGCACUCCUGUCCAAGGUGCAAGUACAUGCAAGUGCGGAUUUAAGCAUUUCUGGGAUGGCAAGGAAUAUGACAAUUUACCAGAGGUUAUUCCAGUAACACUAGAAUGGGGCGGAAAGGCAGUGAAGGAGACAGUACAUUGGUUCCAGAAUGAAAGAGAUGUGUCUAUGAACUCCAAUGUGUAUGCUGUUGCUAGUAAACUUGUACAGAAAUAUUUCCCAGGAGAGUUUGGCAGUGAACGACUUGUGCAGAAAGUGGUGGACACUAUUUUGCGACAAACAGCAAAGAAGGAGGGUGAAAAUAAAGGAGCAAGACCUGAUAUACCUGGUCUCGCCAGUGUGUCUUCAUUACCCAAACCUGAAGGAGCUGCUGUUGACAAGUUUGUUCCAUCAAAAAUCAUCCUCACUGGAGAGAAGAAGAAGACCUUUCACAAGGAGGAGCUUACCAUGAGUGAGGCGGAGAAGCUGAUCAGAACACGGACAGAACACCAUGCUGCUGUCAUGCAGAAAAGGCAAAGUGGUUCAACCACUGUGAAAAAGACUCCUGAAAAAGGAUCUCCUCCCCCUAAACAAGUGAGAGACAAGCAGGCGGCUUCCCCAGUGCCAGAGAAAAAGCUAUCGACUCCACCACUCUCCCCCAGAACAGAAAAGAAGAUCCGUCUAUCAUCCUCUAAGGGGGGCCAAGCCACACUUUCGCUCCCUUUGGAUGCAACCUACAGGCAACUGCAAGAUGCCAUCCACAAGGAGUUAGGUGUGCAGCCAGAGCACCAGAAAAUACGCUAUGGGUUUCCGCCACGCACACUGUCCCCGCCUGAGGAGGGGAAUGAAGGAGAGGCAGUGCCGAUACAACAUGGGGAUCGAGUUAUGGUUGAAGUCAUUAUUCCUCCAGAACCAGAACCUGAACAAAAGCCGGAUGUUGAGAUGGCAGAUGAAGAGAAGAGUGAUGUGUCAUUCACUUCGUCUGAUAUUGCUGAUAAGCUUGAUGGGCGUGGCUUGAAAAUGCCCGUUCAAGAAGAGCAGCAGAUGGAAGUUGACACUAGCAGAGCUGCCUUGGCAUCUGCACUAGUGAAUGCGCUCUCUGGAGCCAUAAAUAACGAGCUAUGGGAGGCUGCCUGCCAGAACCCCGCCCUGUUCAGUAGUGGCGGGUUCUACUUUGAUAUGGUCAAGAAGGACUUGGGGGAUCUUAAGGACGACCAGCACCUCACUAUACCUCACUUCCCAGGGAAGGUGUUUGCCUACAGCAAUUACCACAAUCGUCUGGAACUCUGCCUGGGCAAAAUUCACCUUCCUGUCCAGCCACUGACGGCAGAGGCCCUUGCACAGGCUCACCAAGCCUCCUCAUCGCACCAAAGACCAAGUUAUGUCCUUAACAGCGAGGCAUCCUUCAGUGGUGCAGUACAUCACCAGGACUCAAGACAUGAACGCGUCGCGUUUUCCGGCGAGGGACGGUCGCUGUCCUCGACCUCCCAAGGUGCUCCCAGACCAUUUGUUGAUGAGCCUCUUGCCCAACCAAGUCACCCAAGUAGCGGGUUCCCAUUGCCUCGGAAUUUGCGACCUCCGACGGCGGCUGGCUCUUCCUCUGCUGCCGCCCCUGUGGCAUUACAUCAAGAAAACUUGCACCCUGUUGAGAGCACAAAACAAGGAGUUCCCAUCGCAGACAACACCAUGGCUAAGGAAAAUCUGGUUCAAUCGUGUGCUGAAGCGGACAGAAAUGGUGAUUCAAGUAAUCAGGAAGGCGUUUGUUCUGCUGAUGUAUCUGAGUCUCUGGAGAAAGAAGUGACUCAGGUGAUAGAUCAAGGCAUGGGUGAAACUCAAAGUUCCAAGAAUAAGUUUGUUGCUCAAGUAAACUAUCAGGGCUCUGACCAUGACCUUGGAGUGUGUACUGAAGCACCGGGUGCGCAUCAGGAACCUUCAGGGCCAAUCCCCGAGGGUUCUGGUAAAUACUCUAGGGACAUUGAUUGCAAGCUGCCAGAGGUGUCGGUGGUGGAUAGGGAGGAUUUGCACUACCACCCGCUGUCAGAGGUAACAGCAAGCGAGGCUACCAAGGGGGGUGUUAUGGAUGUGUUUGAAGCCAGCACAGGAGAAAAGAAUCCAGACGGCAAAACUGAGGUUACAUCGGAUUUGACAAUGAAGGAAGUGCCUUAUAAGGAUGAGGACUCCACCCUCGCCACCCCUGUUAUUAAGGAUGAGGACUCCACCCUCGCCACCCCUGUUAUUAAGGAUGAGGUUCUGUCCUCCGAAUUGGGACCAGCUCAAAUGGAAGUGGAAUCAACCGCCUCGGUGUCUAAAACAUGAGGUCGAGAAGUCCUUUCUCAUUUCGUCGCUCCAAAUUGUCUCGAGUCUUCAUAAAGAAGCCGCAUCAUCCUACCCAUAAUGCAUUUCUUGGUUAUUGAGUAGUGGAUUAUUGGUAGUAUAAGACGUUCCCAGAGGUAUAGAGCAAAGGAUUUUGGACCUCUGAUGUAGAACUGCUUG